AUGCUGAAUGCCGAGGUUCAUUUGGUCGGCGGGGCUGCAGGCCUAGCAGCCACUCUGUUCUUGGGGCCAAGGACGAAUCGCUUCGGUGAGAAAGGCUCUCAGCAGAUGAGCAACCCGACGAACGCUGUACUGGGCACAUUUAUGCUGUGGUGGGGCUGGUUUGGGUUAGAUUUGAGGGGAUUUCAGGCUGUUCCGGAUCUCUGA